CCAUCACCCACGCCGCUGGGCGACUUCACGCGUCGUAUUUCACUCAUCCCGUACAUAUCCCAUUGGUAGCCUUCGCAAAACUCCUGGUACGCCGUAACAAACCAAUUAUGGCGACGAAGAACUCUUCGCAAGGCCCGGUCCUUGAUCUCCUAGUCAUCGCAUACGGCUCGUCUGCGAGCGACCCCGCCGAAGACUCUCGCUUUACCGGCGAAGACCAAAGACGCGUUGAAGUCAAAUUCGCGCCCAUCGUGCCUGUCGAGGUCGCGGGCAACUUGCGUCGCAUGCAGGACUGGGCUCGUGAGGCCGUCCGUAGCUUGAUGCCUGAAGUGAAGCACAGCAACCACUGGCACUGCGAAUUCUGCAGUGUGUAGCU